UUUCGAGCACGACUGGCUAGCUUCUGUCAGGCCUUUCUCGGGUCGCACUAUUCCUCGGACUCGUCGCCGAAUCAAACACGUCGCUUGCGAUUGUAUUUAGGCAAGCUUGCUCUCCUCGGAAUCCCCGAGAGUGCCGCCGAUUCCACAGCGAGCACCCAGCCCUGAGAGCGACACACCCCCGCCCAGUCAUUUUCUGCGUCUGACAGCAAGCCGUGCUGGCGUUCCUUUCUGCCAAGUUAACUCCGCGCCUCAUACGCGCCUGCGUUGUCCCAAUCUCGCCGUUCGCAAUCUCUCCUCGUGUCGCCAAUCGACCUGCGUCUAUCAUGACCUCCGUUACUGUCGCUUCCCUGCUCGUCUGCGCACCUGCUUCGAGUUGCUACGCCACCGCUUCCCCUUUCGCCAUGGCCGCCACAACUCCCGCCGCCUCCGCUACUUCCGCCGCCACUUUCGCGCGUCCCGCCUCCCUGGUCUCUCGCGUCUCUCGUCCCACCCUGACCCGCGUUCCCGCGAGUCUCUCCUCGUCGACCGCGUAUCGCGCUCUGUCCGCGCGAUCCUACUCUCAUCUCCAGCAAGGCCGCUUUAAUCCGACUAUGCUUAAUUCCCGCGCUGCCUCGUAUCAUCUUUCCGCUCGUCUCACGCGCGCGUCGGCCUCGUCCUCCUCCCCGGGAUCUGCGGAAUCGGAGGAGGUCCGAGCAUCUGGCAGUCCUCCUGCCGCGGAAGUAGCCUCCGACACGGACGCGUUUUCGGAAUCCGAAACCAUAGCCGCCACUAACGGAUCGGCUACUAACGGGGUGGCGAGCGGCAACGGCAGUGGGAGCGGUGCGGGCAGUGACGUAACGGCGCCGAUUGAGCUUGAGUUCGUGCCGCUGGAGGGGUUCAGGAAGCUCGGCGCGCAGCUGAAGAUGCUGGUGGCGUGGCCGUGGCGGCGCGUGAAGAAGAACUCCGUUCUGUACAUGCGCCUCAAGGGAAAUGUUCCCGAGAUGGUGGGAUCGUCCUUCUCCUCAACCCUCUCUCUCCCCCAAAUCUGCGACAAUCUGCGCAAGGCAGCGGUGGAUCCACGUGUCUCCGCGCUGCUGCUCCACGUGGACCCCCUGCAGUGCGGCUGGGGCAAGCUGCAGGAGAUAGCUCGCCACGUGGCGCACUUCCGCAAGUCAGGCAAGCCUUGUAUCGCGUACAUGACGGUGGGCGGCGAGCAGGAGUACUUCCUGGCAUCGGCGUGCGAGGAGAUCUAUGCCCCGCCUGGCGCGUACCUGUCCCUGCGCGGACUCGCCGUGCAGGGGCAGUUCCUCGGGGGCGUGCUGCAGAAGGCAGGAGUGCAGCCGCAGAUCGAGCGCAUUGGCAAGUACAAGAGUGCGGGCGACCAGCUGGCUCGGUCCGACAUGAGCGAGCCCAACCGCGAGAUGCUCACCGCUAUUCUGGACGAUUACUACGGCACGUGGACCACUGCUGUGGCGGAGAAUAGAGGAGUGAGCAUGGAGGCGGUGCAGGCGCUGCUUCACGACGGGGUGCAGGAGGUGGAGGAGCUCAAGACCCGAGGCUUCCUCACUGACGUCAUCUACGGCAUCCAGGUGGAGGAGAUGCUCAAGGAGCGGCUGGGGCAGGACAAGGAAAAGCCACUGCAGUCCGUAGAGGCCAAGAAGUAUGCCAAGAUCAACCCUUCGACUGUGGGGCUGGGAGGGAGAGAUCGCAUUGCGGUGCUGCGAGCAGUGGGGGCGAUCUCGCAGGGCAAGGACCGGGGCGGGGGCAUGGGGAGCGGCGUGAAGAGCGAGACCAUCAUUCAGAAGCUGCGGAUGGUGAAGGAGAACAAGCAGUUCAAGGCGCUCGUGCUGCGGAUUGACAGCCCCGGAGGGGACGCCCUUGCAUCAGACCUCAUGUGGAACGAGAUCCGUGAGCUGGCCAAGGUGAAGCCGGUGGUGGCGUGCAUGUCGGACGUGGCGGCGAGCGGUGGCUACUACAUGGCCAUGGCGGCCCCGCACAUCGUGGCCGAGCCCCUCACGCUUACCGGCUCCAUUGGCGUCGUCACAGGCAAGUUCAGCCUGGGCGAGCUGUACGAGCGCAUCGGCUUCAGCAAGGAGAUCAUCUCGCGCGGCCGAUUCGCAGAGCUCAAUGCCGACCAGCGCCCCUUCACUCCUGACGAGGAGGAGUACUUCGCCCGUGGGGCCAAGAUCGCCUACCAGCGCUUCCGAGACAAGGCUGCCCUGUCUCGCUCCAUGAAGGAAGACGACAUGGAAGCAGUGGCACAGGGCAGGGUAUGGACCGGACAAGCAGCCCUUAAAGCCAAUUUAGUGGAUUCCCUCGGAGGCAUCUGGACCGCCGUUCAAAUCGCCAAGUCAAAGGCUGGGAUCGACCCAUCUCGCCGCGUCCGUAUUGUCGAGCUCUCGCGAUCUCAGCCGUCCAUCACCGCGUUCCUUUCAGGAGGCGCCCAGUCUCUUCUCUCUCUCUCUGGCUUCCUCGGCCCUGAAGCUCGUGCCGAGGCUCUGAGAGAGGUUGCUGCGGAUCUGCUGCUCUCGCCAGGCCUGGGAGCCAGCUUCGGUGCCAGCCUCGGCAGCAGCGGCGCUGGCAGCUUCGGCAACCUGCUUUCUGGAGGCAUUGAUGCAAGCAUGAGCAGUGUACUCGUUAAAGGUAGCUCCGGUACAGUUAGCAGCAGCCUUCUUGCCAACACUGCGGGCGUGCAUGCAGUCAUGGAAGGGGAUAUCACCGUCCGGGGGAGUGGCAGUGAGACAGCAGCAGCUAUUUAUAAUGGUGCUGGUGGUUCAGCUGCCCUAGCCGAGCUGGCGGUGCUCCUUUCACCUACCGCUGCUGUGCUGGGAGGGGCCCUGGGCCAGAGCAGUCAAGCGGAGGGGAAGAGUAUAGAGCCGUGCUCUGGUAAGCAGGCAGAUUCCGGGUCUGUAGAACAUGAGCUAAGCAAUCUGUACAUGUGGAACGAGAUCCGUGAGCUGGCCAAGGUGAAGCCGGUGGUGGCGUGCAUGUCGGACGUGGCGGCGAGCGGUGGCUACUACAUGGCCAUGGCGGCCCCGCACAUCGUGGCCGAGCCCCUCACGCUUACCGGCUCCAUUGGCGUCGUCACAGGCAAGUUCAGCCUGGGCGAGCUGUACGAGCGCAUCGGCUUCAGCAAGGAGAUCAUCUCGCGCGGCCGAUUCGCAGAGCUCAAUGCCGACCAGCGCCCCUUCACUCCUGACGAGGAGGAGUACUUCGCCCGUGGGGCCAAGAUCGCCUACCAGCGCUUCCGAGACAAGGCUGCCCUGUCUCGCUCCAUGAAGGAAGACGACAUGGAAGCAGUGGCACAGGGCAGGGUAUGGACCGGACAAGCAGCCCUUAAAGCCAAUUUAGUGGAUUCCCUCGGAGGCAUCUGGACCGCCGUUCAAAUCGCCAAGUCAAAGGCUGGGAUCGACCCAUCUCGCCGCGUCCGUAUUGUCGAGCUCUCGCGAUCUCAGCCGUCCAUCACCGCGUUCCUUUCAGGAGGCGCCCAGUCUCUUCUCUCUCUCUCUGGCUUCCUCGGCCCUGAAGCUCGUGCCGAGGCUCUGAGAGAGGUUGCUGCGGAUCUGCUGCUCUCGCCAGGCCUGGGAGCCAGCUUCGGUGCCAGCCUCGGCAGCAGCGGCGCUGGCAGCUUCGGCAACCUGCUUUCUGGAGGCAUUGAUGCAAGCAUGAGCAGUGUACUCGUUAAAGGUAGCUCCGGUACAGUUAGCAGCAGCCUUCUUGCCAACACUGCGGGCGUGCAUGCAGUCAUGGAAGGGGAUAUCACCGUCCGGGGGAGUGGCAGUGAGACAGCAGCAGCUAUUUAUAAUGGUGCUGGUGGUUCAGCUGCCCUAGCCGAGCUGGCGGUGCUCCUUUCACCUACCGCUGCUGUGCUGGGAGGGGCCCUGGGCCAGAGCAGUCAAGCGGAGGGGAAGAGUAUAGAGCCGUGCUCUGGUAAGCAGGCAGAUUCCGGGUCUGUAGGUGGCCGAUAGGCGAGAUGUUGUCUGAGUAAGCCAGAAUGGUAGUUGAAGGUGAUACUGGAUUGGCCUGUCAGAACAUGAGCUAAGCAAUCUGUAGUGAGGAUGAUAUCAUGCGGAUUGGAUUAGAGCUGUGCUACUGUAUGUCUGUUACAAUAUUACCGACGAAUGUUCUCCCUAU